UUAUUAUUGUUUUUAUUAUUAUUUUCUGCCUUGACAAUGGCUAACAAUGUUUACUAUUGCUUUAUAAACACAAAGUCGGUUACUAAUGAGUAAAAGGGAGAGGUUUGCUGGAGUAGCCAGGGAGGAGGAGGUGGUUCUGUUAUGACCUAAGUCCCACAGAUUUUCAGAUUCAAAUGUCAGAGUGGUGGGCUGCUCUCCAGUGACCGUGGUCAUGUUGGGAUCUGAAGGAGCUUUAUUUCCCUGAGCUCCAGGGAACAAGCAACGUCAGUCUGGUUACACGGCCAGCUUUGGGAUUUGAGCUGAACAAUGUGUUUGUGCUUGUUUGGUAGAGGGAAUUUAUUGGAGAUGCUGACCUGGGCCAAGUUCCUUAAGUGAAAUGGGGUUGACUUGGAGUUGAUGUCUUAGUGGAUUUCUGGGUGUUGUGGAUUUAUGGUGUUAGCCACAUGUGAAGCAGAGUAAAGGGAAAAGCGCGGAUUUCGUAACUCUGAGGAGUUGAGCUAAAGAGGAAAAUUGAGGAUUAAAAUGUAGCAUGGAUUACAAGAAGCUUUACGACUCUCUGAGCUGCCUGCAUUAAUUCCAGACUUGCUCUUCAGGAGCCUGAAAAACUCUGGACGAGCUCAGGAAGCUGAACUGGAAACUUGAAAAGAAAAUCAUGAUUAGGACUCAUCUACAGCAAGAAAUAUUGUGAUUAAGCUGGAGGAAGUUUCACAGCCAUAAGGAUUUCUUUAAACUCUGUUUUUUAUGACACUGAUUCUGGCUGAAGAUAUUUUCCUGUGUCCAGCUCUAAAAGAAGUGUCUCCUAAUCCUGAAUUUUCUGGUUUAGAUCUGACAAGUCUCACGAGCAGAAAACAAGUACGGCUAAAGCACCAACCCUGACCGUUCAGCAUCCACCACUCGAGGGCUGGAGUGAUGAAGAACCUUCCUCAGUGGUACAAGUCAUCUGUGCCAAAAUAUCUCUCCUGACUCACAAGUUAUCAGAACUGGAGGGCAGAGUUUUCCAAGGACUGCUGAUCUGGCUCCCAGAUGUUGCGGGAGGAUCGAGCCAGCUGCAGAGCCAGCCUGGAGUGGGAGAGCCGGGAAUAUUCCCAGCCCCUCGCUGCCCCGGAGAUGAUUGCGCUGCUCUUCUUCUCUGCCCUGCUGUGGGACGAGGCUGGAGCCUGGGGCUUCAAGGAUGGAGUGCUGCACAACUCCAUCUGGUUAGAGCGAGCAGCCGGCGUGUAUCACCGCGAGGCGCGCUCCGGCAAGUACCGCCUCACCUAUGCCGAGGCCAAGGCCGUGUGCGAGUACGAGGGAGGACACCUGGCCACGUACCAGCAGCUGGAGGCGGCUCGGAAAAUAGGUUUCCACGUGUGUGCUGCUGGCUGGAUGGCAAAGGGCAGAGUUGGUUAUCCCAUAGUAAAAGCUGGAGCCAACUGUGGCUUUGGCAAGACUGGAAUUGUUGACUAUGGAAUUCGCCUCAACAGGAGCGAGAGGUGGGACGCCUACUGCUACAACCCCAACGGAAAGGAGUGUGGUGGAGUCUUCACGGAUUCCAAGCACGUUUUCAAGUCCCCGGGCUACCCGAACGAGUACGAGAACGAUCAGGUUUGCUACUGGCACAUCCGUGUGAGGUACGGGCAGCGGAUCCAGCUGCAGUUCCUGGAGUUCGAUGUGGAGGAUGACACCGCCUGCCUGGCUGAUUUCCUGGAAAUCUACGACAGCUACGAUGAUAUCAAUGGAUUUGUGGGCAGGUUUUGUGGAGAUGAGUUGCCAGAUGACAUCAUCAGCACAGGGAAUGUGAUGACACUGAAGUUUCUGACGGAUGCCUCGGUGACAGCUGGAGGGUUCCAGAUCAGAUACACAACCCUGGACGCGCCUCCCAAGGCAGGGGAUGGCAGGAACGCCACAUCCCAAGGGAAAACCAACUUUUUAACAGGAAAAUUUGGGAUUAUGUGAGCGGAGUAAGCAGCCACAGAAAGGUGUUUUAGACUGAAUUCAAUUCAGAUAUUUGUGUCUUCAGAUAAGACAUUUUUGUCGUCUCUUUCUGAGUUUUUCUCUUUGGCUUUUCUAUGUUUUGUUAAUAAACUACACUAGGGAAUAAAUUAUAAAAUAUACUUACAUGGAUAAUAGAAACCUAUUUUUAGAAUAGAAGUACUGUAAAAAUAUGAAUUCUUUGCUACCAAAGACUUAAAAAAAUAUUUUUCUAUAUAAAAUGCUCUUUCUCCUCAUUUCUUGCACCACUUGAACAAAUUUUUGUGUGACUGUUCCCAUUAUUUUUAAACUUAACAGCCUCUUCUCUCCUUAUUUCCCUUGAUUUCCACAUAUUUAUUUUUUAGACUGUUGCUUUUUUUUUCCCUGUUCUCUACACAUUAUUAUAAUUUUAUUUUUUUUUUUUACAACUGAUUUUCUUAAACUCUAAGGGCCUUCAGUGCGAGCUUAUUUUUAAGACACCAAAAUUCAUUUUGUGGAUGGCCUGGUGGUUGCCCAGGUGAAGAUUGGGAAGAGCACAGGAUCAUUUGGACCCACACUUUAAUUUUCUCAUCAGAUUGAUGGAUUCUGUCAGGGUUCCCUCAUCCAGAGAAUUGCUCUUGAAGUCUUUUCACUUCAGUUAGUAAAGAAUUAAAGGAAUGACUUGGUGAUGAGAAUAAAAGCGUUGAGAUGAAGCAGCAGGAGGAACUUCUCACCGAGCACGUUCAGAAGGCACCAGCAAGGUGUUGAAUGUUGUUUACACGGGUUUAAGACUGUUCUGGUUUAAACUGUUAAAUUUAAAUCCUUCUCUGUGUGUUUUUAAUUGAAGCAGCAUUAAAGCUACCUCUGUUCUAAUCACA